AUGGAAGCCCGACCCAGCAGGAUAGAGUGCUUGGAACUCCCCGAGCAGCCUGAGCCGAAGAACCCCGGGCGGGUGUUCCACACCGAGCGCGUCGCCCCGAGGGGCGCCACGGAGUCGGUAACCGAGCAGCUGGCGCACGGCGGCAGCGGCGACGGCGUGAUCGACGAGACGUUCGACACCAGCGUCAAGAUCGGAGAGGCGCUGGAGGGGUCGGCCAGGGCCAUCGGGGACAAGCCCGUGGAGCGCUCCGACGCCGCGGCGAUACGCGUCGCGGAGGCGAGCGCCCUCGGCGGCGAUGCGGGGCGCGGGGCGAUCCCGGGCGGGGUCGCCGAGCGCGCGCAGGCCGCGGUGGCGGCCAACGCCCGCGCCGCGCGCGACGAGGACAGAGUCACCAUGACCGACGUGCUGACGUGGGAGGCGACGAUGAAGCUGCCGACGGGCAAGGCGGUGACUAGCGAGGUCGCUGCGGCGGCAGCAGAGGCGGAGGCGGCGAACGACCCCCGAGCGGAGACGAACCCCCGUGGGGUGCAACAUGGUGGAGAAAGAGAUCGACAUGAGCCAGGGGCAGCCGAGGAGGCCGCAGCAGGCCGAGGACCUGCAGCACGGGCAGGAGCAGCCCGUCAAGUACGGCGACGUGCUGGACGUGUCAGGCGAGCUGGCCCAGCGGCGCGUGGCUCCGAGGGACGCCGCGCUGCUGCAGGCCGCGGAGCAGUCCGUGCUCGGCGGGACGCAGAGGGGCGGGCCCGCCGCCGUGCUACAGUCGCCGCGACGGUCAACGCCAGCGCGGGCCACGUGGGCAAGGCCCAGAUCACGGGCCCCGUCGCCGACGCCGGUGCCACCGUCAUCGAGGCCGAGCUCGCGGGCCGCCGCGUCGUCACCGAGUCCAUCGGCGGGCAGGUGGUGGCGAAGAUGAUGACCCCGGCGCCGGUGGCGAUGACGGACCCGCCGGGUGCGCUGGACAAGGACGCCGUCACGGUCGGCCGCGCGCUGGAGGCCGUGGUCGCGAUGGCGGAGGACAGGCCGGUCGACCAGAGCGACGCGGCGGCCAUCCAGGUCGCGGAGACGUGCGCCACGGGGUCCCACGCCACCAUCCCCGGAGGGGUGGCCGCGGCGGCGCAGUCAGCGGCUGAUCAGAACGCCCGCGCCUUGCGCGACGAGGACAAGGUCAAGCUCCGGAACGUCCUCUCGAACGCGAGGGAGAGGCUGCCGGCGGACAAGGGGGCGACGCGGGAGGACGUCGAGAGGGUGGUGUCCGCGGAGAUACGGAACAAGCUGGACGUGACGACCACGCCGGGCGGCGUGGCGGACGCGGUGACUACAGCGGCGCGGCUCAACCAGGAGCGCCCAAGGCCAUAG